UGUGGGUUAUUGUUUAUGUGUAGUUGCCUGUCAGCACGUGUUAUAUAGCGUCAUGUUCGUUUUUGUUUCUUUUUAGUGGUUUUCCUUCAUUUAAAGAAGAAUGUAUGCUUAUCACGCUGCGCCUUGGUCUCAUCAAUAUGACGAGCGUGACACCUGUAAUGAAAAGGAGUACUCUCCGAUACACAAUCUUUGAUAUACCACAUUGUCCCUGACUAGCCUAUCUAUUAGCUAGAUGAUUUAAACAAACUUACUCAAUGUGUCUAUUUUUGUCUUCUCUACUGGAAAUCCAGGGCUCCAACAUAUACAACAGAAGUAUAAAGUGAGCAGCUGAUUUCAACUAAUCUUCCACAGUUGGCUAUGGAUUCACCCAUCAAGUUUUCCACCGUAAUCAAAUAAAUGCAGAGAGGACAAACAUUCACUGGAGGACCAGCCAAGAAGAUGAGAAACUAGACCCUACUGGACUCCACUACUGAGUAGAUACUGGUCUUUGUACUGUACAGCUCAGCCAUCCAGCUAUGUAUACAGUACUUGCUCAAUGUAAAUAUGGAAUAGGCAACUAUAGAGGACAAAUUAUAUCCCCUUAAAUUGCACACACCAGUUGAAGUCUGACUAAUUGGAAUCUGCUUUCUCUGGUCAGUGUCAUCCCUCAGACCACGACCUGUGCUACACUAAAUGCCAAUAGGGGUGCUUUCAUAGAAACCUCCCCUACUGAACCACAUUUUGCAACAGGUAACAGCAACUUUUUUUUCCACUGAAAGGAGGAAGAUGAGAGGAAGUUUGAGUAAUCCUGUUAUGUUUGCUGAAUCCUCACAAAACUAGUGAGGACUAGACUGCCUAUGUGGCUCUGGCCAAAAUAAGUGCACUAUAUAGGAUGUGAAAUAUUAACUGAAAUUCCAAUAAAAGAAUGGUGUUAAAUGUUGUAUUCAUCUCAUGAACUGAACCUGCUCCAUGUAUGACUUAUCGGUUCCCAUAGCUUUGUUAGACAAGUCUUCCAUUCCUGAGUCGCCACUAGAAGGGAGGGUGGUGUUGGCUAAUACUUUCAGAGGCUCCAUCACUAUAAAAGAUGUGGAGAUGAUGGGAAAUGCAAAGAAGACACAACCACCCUCACUGUGCUGGGUGUCAGUAACUCCCAAGGGUAAUGUGAGUUAUCCUAUCAAACAAAUGUUAUUUAUUAUGCGUUUAUCAUUCUGUAAUGCUCCUGUCUAGUAAUCCAUGCUGUAAAUUACCCUAAAGAACAAGAGAUGGUGUGGGAAAUCAAGGCUGUGUGUGUAACCAGGCCGUAUUGUGUUUUCAGAAGAACCAUCAUCAGUACUGUUGUCAGUGAGGUCUGUUACUAGGAUUGUGCUAGCAGUGCUUGUAACGCUGAUUGUCAUCUGAGUGAGAAGCAAUCCAAAUAUAACCCUUCCUACACACCUGCAUGCACGCACAUACAGUAUGUGCACACGCUUGCACAAGUGUUUGAAACAUGGGGCAAGGGAUCAUCUUCAGACAAUCAAAGAAUACUCCUGACUUGCCACAUGAGGGCAAAUCACCAGUAGUCAUACUGACCACAGUCUAAAAAUAAAAAGGUCCAGAUAACCAGAAACAGUUUCAAACAGUCUACCACACUCAUGGGAGGAAGUACGAAAUAUGCUUCCUAUAUUUUCACUUCUCUAACUGUAGCGGUUUGUUAACCCACAUUAGACAAGUAGUCUUUUCCACCGUCUAUGCUCAGUUCCUGAUUGAUGCUUCAGUUAAUUUACUUUACAACCAUUUGAGAGUGUUUUGACCGUGUGUAGACCAUAGAUCUCACAGAUCACAUUUGUAGCAGGAGUGCUAUGGAAAAAUGCAGACUGUCUGCCGUUUUGCUGCUGGCACACAUUGGCCUCUCUUCAGUAGUGUUGAAAGCUCAGAUCAGAUUCCACCUCCAUCAUCUGGCGAGGUUGUGGGAAUUGUUACCGCAGCCCUCCUGGUUGCAGUUGUCGUGACAGCCACAGCUUACCUCAUCAUUGUCAGGAAGAGGCACAAGGCUUUAUUCAACCCCUCUGUCAGCAUUGAUGCAAGCAGCCUGGUGGUCAAUGCAGACAGGACAGGAAGAGAAGAGGACCUGGUUUAUUCUGAGAUCGUCAGAUUCAACAUUGACAAGAGGAAAGCACACGACCCAUCGGGAGAAGACCAGAAAGAUGCAGACGUCAAGCCAGCUGAGGAUGUCACCUACUCUGCAGUGGCAGUGGGGAACCAGCAUUCUUUAAGGGAAGACACAGUUUACUCUCAGGUGGUGAGAAAGGACUGGGACAUAGAUGAUGUAUGGACUGUCUAAGCACAAUAACAGUAAAGGGAUAACUAGACGUCCUUUAUAUUCACAUACAUUUAACUGAAGUUAUCUCUUGUUGGGGAAGUGACCUCUUUAUUAGACAAAGCCCUCUAGAUCCUACAGAAGGGCUAUGUGUGUGAAUACUGAAAAAUUAUUGCCACCAACAGAAUGCUAUAUAUAUCGGGCAUACAACAAUCUCAGCUCUGUAGAUUUUGUUGCGAAGAGACAGAAUCAAUAGAUAAUUUAUUCUGGUAUUGCCCCUAUGUAGCUUGUUUCUGGUCACAGGUUCAGGAAUUGUUAAAAAAAAACACAACAUGCACUUUGGAAAGCCACAGUCAGUCAAUAAAUAAUGUAAAAAUACUCAUAGGAAAGGUUUUCGUCUUUAGCUCACAAUCUGUGGAUAAUAACAUCACAGCACAAUUGAAAAAUACAUGGCACAUGGAAACCAAAUGAGGGUGGUCUAUGGUGAUAGGUGGGAUGGGCUGAGAGUGGCAGAGGGGUGGGA